UUUCAGUUCAUAGUUUUGAGAGAACUGGUCAAAAAUCGAAACUAGUGAUUACAGAGAGAUGGAGAGCGGCGCCAUUUUUGCAGGGCUACACCAGAACCUAAUUCCCAACCACCACCGCCACCAGCUCGGCCCUUCAGGCAGCACUACUAAGCUUCUCCCAUCGGUUUUCAGUGGCAAAAGACACUUCUCUAAUAACCCUUUUAAGCUCUCGAAUCAAUCGCUCUUCGCUUGUUUUAGUAACAAUAACAGUAAAAAUGCUAAUACUCUUCAAGUGACCUCUCCUGCGAGCGACGUGAAGCCAGAAUUAGCCGACAUUGACUGGGAUAAUCUUGGAUUCGGGUUCAUGCCCACUGAUUAUAUGUAUAUUAUGAAAUGUUCUCAAGGUGAAAACUUUUCUAAAGGAGAAUUACAACGUUUUGGGAACAUUGAGUUGAGCCCAUCUGCAGGGAUUUUAAACUAUGGACAGGGGCUGUUUGAAGGUUUAAAAGCUUAUCGGAAAUAUGAUGGCAAUAUUUUACUCUUUCGCCCCGAGGAAAAUGCUUUCCGAUUAAGGAUGGGCGCUGAGCGUAUGUGCAUGCCUUCUCCUACUGUCGAACAGUUUGUGGAAGCUGUAAAAGAAACUGUUUUAGCAAAUGAAAGAUGGAUUCCCCCACCAGGUAAAGGUUCUUUAUAUAUAAGACCAUUGCUAAUGGGGAGUGGAGCUGUUUUAGGACUUGCUCCAGCACCUGAAUACACCUUUUUGAUUUAUGUAUCUCCUGUGGGAAACUAUUUCAAGGAAGGUUUGGCACCAAUACAUUUGAUUGUUGAGACUGAAAUGCAUCGAGCAACACCUGGUGGUACUGGAGGAGUUAAGACUAUAGGAAAUUAUGCUGCAGUUCUAAAGGCUCAGAGUGCUGCAAAAGCAAAAGGGUUUUCUGAUGUUCUGUAUCUGGAUAGUGCUCAGAAAAGAUAUCUAGAAGAGGUGUCCUCUUGCAAUGUAUUUGUUGUGAAGGGUAAUGUGAUAUCUACUCCCGCGAUAAAAGGGACCAUCCUACCAGGCAUUACACGAAAGAGUAUAAUUGAUGUUGCUAUUAGUCAAGGAUAUCAGGUUGAGGAGCGGUUAGUUACAGUUGAGGAAUUGCUUGAUGCUGAUGAAGUUUUUUGUACGGGAACAGCUGUGGUUAUAUCCCCUGUAGGCAGUAUAACUUAUCUGGGUAAAAGGUAAUUUCCAUCUACAAGGU